AUGUUCCCAGCUGCAUCCUUGUUGACGACUCUCCUCCUGGCCUUGUCCAUAGCGGCAUCGCCUGUUGAAGUUCGCAACUCCCCCAUCACCCUACCCAUCGCCAGGAGGCUAAAUACCUCUGGUGGUACUAUCAACCUCUUGCAGCACGACCAAUCUCGCGCGGCCGCCCUCAAGAAUGCUGCCGCAAGCAAUAUCGGCCGCCGUGCUGGUAGCAUUGCUGUGACUAACGAUGCUGUGACCUACAUUGCAGCAGUUGGCGUUGGCAGCCCUGCCACAACCUACAACUUGAUUGUCGACACUGGUAGCUCAAACACUUGGGUUGGAGCCACCACUCCGUACGCGAUGACCAGCACCAGCGUCAACACUGGCCAGCCUGUGGCAGUCAGCUAUGGUUCUGGCUCUUUCUCUGGAACUGAGUACACCGACACUGUCACUCUCGGUAGUGGGCUCACCAUCACCCAGCAAUCGAUUGGUGUUGCUUCUAGGUCGACGGGCUUCACCGGUGUUGACGGUAUCCUCGGCAUCGGGCCUCUCGACUUGACAGAAGGCACCCUGACAAAUUCACCGACGACGACGAUCCCGACUGUCACUCAGAACCUGUAUACCCAGGGCAUCAUUUCUCAGGUGGUUGUCGGUGUCUCGUUCGAGCCCACCACUUCGCAGACAGUCACCAAUGGGGAGCUCACCUUCGGAGGGACCGAUGCCACCAAGUACACCGGCGCCAUCACAUAUACUCCUCUCACCACCACCUAUCCUGCAUCUUACUACUGGGGUAUCAACGAGAGCAUCACCUAUGGCACCAAGACGAUCUUGUCUGCGACGGCAGGUAUCGUUGACACUGGCACUACCCUCAUCCUCAUUGCCAGCAACGCAUUUAGCACAUACCAGUCUGCAACCGGUGCUACUCUGGAUCGGAGGACUGGUCUUCUCCGUAUUACCUCCACCCAGUACAGUGCUCUCCAGAACCUAAACUUCAAUAUUGGCAGUAACACCUAUGCUCUGACUCCUAACGGCCAGAUCUGGCCUCGUGCCCUUAACACCUAUAUUGGUGGUACCAGCACUUAUAUUUAUCUGGUUGUUAACUCCAUUGGGGCCCCCAGUGGUCAAGGUCUCGACUUCAUCAACGGUUACACUUUCCUUGAGCGCUUCUACUCCGUGUUCGAUACCACCAACUCCCAAGUCGGUUUUGCCACAACCGCAUACACGACUGCCACCACCAACUGA